AUGCUGCUGCGCCUGCUGCUGGCCUGGGCGGCCGCGCUGCCCACACUGGGCCAGGCCCCCUGGGCCACCGAACCCCGUGCUGCCUGCGGCCCGAGCAGCUGCUACGCCCUCUUCCCGCGUCGCCGCACCUUCCUGGAGGCCUGGCGGGCCUGCAGGGAGCUAGGAGGUGACCUGGCCACGCCACGGAGCCCUGAGGAGGCCCAGCGUGUGGACAGUCUGGUGGGUGCCGGCCCGGCCAGCCGGCUGCUGUGGAUUGGGCUGCAGCGGCAGGCGCGCCAGUGCCAGCCCCAACGCCCGCUGCGCGGCUUCACAUGGACCACGGGAGACCAGGACACGGCUUUCACCAACUGGGCUCAGCCCGCCACGCCGGGACCCUGCCCAGCCCAGCGCUGUGCAGCCCUCGAGGCGAGCGGUGACCAUCGCUGGCUGGAAGGCUCAUGCACAUUGGCUGUGGAUGGCUACCUGUGCCAGUUCGGCUUUGAGGGCGCCUGCCCAGCACUACCGGCAGAGGCGGGCCAGGCCGGCCUGGCCGUCUACACCACGCCCUUCCACCUGGUCUCCACGGAGCUGGAGUGGCUGCCCUUUGGCUCUGUGGCAGCCGUGCAGUGCCAGGCAGGCAGGGGGGCGUCCCUGCUGUGUGUGAAGCAACCCACUGGCGGUGUGGGCUGGUCCCAGGCUGGGCCCCUGUGCCCGGGGACCGGCUGCGGCCCGGACAACGGGGGCUGCGAGCAUGAGUGCGUGGAAGAGGAGGAUGGCCAGGUGUCGUGCCGCUGUGCCGAGGGCUUCCGGCUGGCGGCGGAUGGGCACAGCUGCGAGGACCCCUGUGCCCAGGCGCCCUGCGAGCAGCAGUGCGAGCCCGGUGGACCACAGGGCUACAGCUGCCACUGCCGUCUGGGUUUCCGGCCUGCUGAGGAUGAGCCGCACCGCUGCGUGGACACGGACGAGUGCCAGAUCGCUGGGGUGUGCCAGCAGAUGUGUGUCAACUACGUCGGGGGCUUCGAGUGCUACUGCAGCGAGGGGCACGAGCUGGAGGCGGACGGCAUCAGCUGCAGCCCCGCGGGGGCCAUGGGUGCCCGGGCUUCCCAAGAUCUGGAAGAGGAGCUGCUGGGUAUUGGCGGCGAGGAUGAUGAAGACGAGGAGGAGGAGACCUGGGAGGACUUUGAUGGCGCCUGGACUGAUGGGCCUGGCUUCCUGUGGCUGGAGCCCACGCAGCUGCCUGACUUCGGCCUGGCCUACAGCCCUGGCUUCUCAGAGGACCAGGGGCCGCCCAGACCCCACCUGGAGCCCACCUGGCCACCCCCGCUCAGUGCCCCCAGGGUCCCCUCCCACUCAGUGCUCUCUGUCACCCGGCCUGCAGUGGUCUCGACCACACGCCCCACACCACCUCCCUCCCACCCACCUCCCAUUCUCUCUGCCACACGCCCAGCCCUGGCCCCUGCUCGUCAGCCCUUGGGGAACCCUGCCACAUACCCAGCUGUGCCCCGCAAUCAUCAGAUCCCUGGGAUCACAGACAACUCCCCAGCACAGCGCCCUGCCCCCCGCCCCCCACUGACCGCAGCCCGAUACCCUGAUCUCUAUCCCGUGUUUCCAGACACGGAAGUUUCUGAUGCCCGGACCACGGUUCACCCAGCCCUAGGACCAGCUGAUCCUGCCCCUGUGGUCACCACUACUGGUGCCCAUCAGCGCCCUCUGACCUCAGAUGGUCCCAUAGCCAGGACUCAGGCCCCCUGGCUUCCUGUCAUUCCCACCGUCCAGCCCUCUCCUCCACUCCCUUCCAGGCCCCUGGGGCCCCCUCACCCUCAAGCCCCUGUACCCGCUGCUACCCGGCCCGCAGCCCUCCCCUCCAGCAGCCUGCUCCCUGACAUCCCCACUAACCAGACCUCACCUGUCAAUCCUUCACGGCCCCUUUCCAGAGCCCCCCAAGUCCCACAAGGAGGUGGCCCCCAGCCCACCGCAGCCCCGACGGCCCUGCUGGAGGCUGGCCUAGCAGGCCAUAGCCGGAGGGAUGAUCGCUGGCUGCUGGUGGCACUCCUGGUGCCCACAUGUGUCUUCCUGGUGGUCCUGCUUGCACUGGGCAUCGUGUAUUGCACCCGCUGUGGCCCCCACGCAUCCAACAAGCGUGUCACCGACUGCUAUCGCUGGGUCACCCAUGCUGGGAACAAGGGCCCCACGGAACCCACACCUCCACGGGGAAGCCUCACAGCGGUGCAGACCUGCAGAACCAGUGUGUGA